CCCCGCACGAUUAUAAUUCUCCACUUCUCGUCGUUUCAUCUGCAGGCCAACUCGCCAUUCCAUCCCCAAUUACAAUGGCUGAGCACUCAGAGAAGCACAUCGACGCAAGCAUCGCCGCCAUCCGGGAUCAAACGCUCUCUCCGGAGCAGGCGGCCAACGUGAUCGCCGAGCAAUGCAGGCAAGCCCUCAAGUCCGCGCCAACCAACGACCGGGUCACGCAGCAAGGCGACACUCCAUGGCUAGAGAACUUCCUCUGGUUUUUCUGGAGUAAACUGGUCGAGCUGGCUCAAGAAGACUCAUCGGUCCACGACCGCACCGCGCAUGUUCUCGCCGCGCUGAAGGCCAAGGGCUCGGAGGGCUGUGAGGGCUGGAGGGUGUGGUGGUCGCAGACGAGCUGGGCGGAGCUGCCUCUGUUGGGUCCCGUGUCGCGUGAGGAGAUGAACGGUCCCCAGCAGUGGUUCAAGCUCAGAGGCCCCGACUCCCUUGAUGUAUCUACUCCAAAGGCACAAGCACUCCUGGCAGGGGACGCCCCUACGCACGAUGACCCCGAGACUCGCGAGGUCGUCAAAGCACGCCAGAAAUGGCUGAACAUGAAUGCGUUCCUCGCCCAGCUAUGGGCGCUCGGCGUCGUGGACGAGGCAUUCUUCGGCAUCAGCGCCAUGAUUGCAGGCCUCGAACCGCUCACGCUGGCCUCCACGAGGAGGCCUACGAGGGAGCAGGCGGGUGUCUUCGACGGGCCCCAGGAGCUGCUGAUCGAGGUCGCAUCGGUGUGGCUGAGGAUCGCGGGUGCGCGGAUGUAUGCGUGCAGAGAAAUUUUGGGGCCAAAGGGGGAUCCCGACUGGGAUGCGAGGCGAGGAUGUCCAGGCCGGAGCGGUGGGACGUGGGAUGGAGUGGAUGGAUACCACCCGGAUCGGUGGCGGUACUGGAAGGGGAUACUGCAGGAGGUGGCGAAGGGCGAAUGGAGGACGAAUGUAAUCGAGGCUGCCCAGGCUGCAGUCGACGCCAUGAAUCAACUUGAACGCGAAGCUGUCUCUGCGUAAGGCUGUCUUCA